UCAAUGUUGCUUAAGAAAUUAAACUAAUAUAACUUCUUUAAGUUGAAAUAUGGUUACUAGAGUAGACAAAAGAAUCCUAAAUAUUUUCAUAAUCCUUUAGUUGAAGUAAAUCUGUAUUAACCUAUUUGAUAGGGGCAGUAUUCAGUUACUCCUGCAAGAAAGGUUCCUUCAAAUAUCAUAAGACCAAGCUAUAUGAGUAUAAUAAUCUAUGAUGUUUUUAGUCGACAAAAAGCCUAUUUUUGGUAUUUAUGAAGGCCCUGCUGUAACACAUGGGAAGAAUAUGAUUGAAAGUAAUUUUAAUAUUUAAUUCAGAAUUGAGGAAAGCAGCUAGUAUUGCAGCAAAAACUGCUUAGGUGGCUUAAAGAUCAGUUAAAAAAGGGAUGACUACAGAUGAAUUAGAUAAAAUAGUUCAUGAUUAUAUUAUUUCACAAAAUGCUUAUCCAUCACCAAUAGGAUUUAUGGGAUUUCCAAAAAGUGUUUGCACUUCAGUUAAUGAAGUUUGCUGUCAUGGAAUACCAAAUCUAAGACCCUUACAAGAAGGAGAUAGUCUUAAUAUAGACGUCACUAUAUUUUAUGAUGGUGUUCAUGGUGACACUAGUGUUAUGGCAUAAGUUCCAAAAAUGAAUUAAGAAAUAUCAAAAUUGAUAGAAACUACUUAAAAAGUUAAUACUCAAUUAAUAUUAGGCUCUUUAUGAGGCAAUAAAAAUAUGUAAGCCUGGACAAAAAUUUAAUCAAAUUGGAAAAGUGAUAUAAGAAAUAGCUAAUAAUGAUGGAUAUUAUGUAAGUGAAGUUUUCACAGGUCAUGGGAUUGGAGAAUUGAUGCAUAUGCCUCCUACAAUAUUUCAUACAUGUAAAAUCUUAAUAAUAAAGUUUUAGUAAAUCAUUAUCCAGGUGUAAUGGUACCUGGGAAUGUCUUUACUAUAGAGCCCAUACUCUUAAUGAAGGAUGAAUAAGAUUAUAAGAUUUGGAAUGAUAAUUUUACAGUUAUUUCAACUGAUAAUCCAAGUGGUAAUUAAAUCUUAUUAAAUGUAUUUAGCAUAAUGGGAACAUAUGAUAUUAAUAACUGAAAAUGGAUAUGAAGUAUUGACAAAAAGAGAUGAUGAAUUAGAGUUAUGA